AUGGAUGCCAACUUCUGCAAAAGCCAUCGGCGGUCGAUGACUGAAGACGCCAUCAGGUUCGACGACGAGGACCUCCUGACUCUCCCUGCCGGGUGGCUGGCGCAGCUGGUCGCCUUCCAAGCCGAGCUCAUCGCCUCCUCCUUCCUCUCCCUCGUCUCCCCCUUCCUCUAUCUCUAUUUCCAGACCCGUGAGAUCCCCGCCCGCGUCGUCCGCGGCGCUGCUGCCAUCGCCCGCCGCUUCGCCCUCGGCCUCCUCGGAGCCCUCUACGCGGCGACCUUCCUGCUAGCCCUCUUGUUCAUUUCGCUCCUUCUCGGCGUCGCGCUAGUUCGGAUGUGGGCGGAGGAGCCAGUGUUGCUGCGCCGCCCCCUGCAUCUCGACUACACGGAAGCGAACCCCACCGCGUCCGUGGCGCUGGCCGGCGGCACGUGGCACUCAGGAAGGGCGGUGCCGCCGGGACACUCAGUGACGGUCUCGCUCCUUAUCCUGCUGCCUGAGUCUGAUUACAAUCUCCUGAUCGGCGUCUUCCAGGUACAAGCCGAAGUAAUUUCCUCGACCGGAGAAAUAAUCGCAGCGUCGAGCCGUCCCUGCAUGCUCCGAUUCCGAAGCUUCCCGGUGAGGCUAAUGCGGACGUUGUUCAUGAGUAUCCCUCUUUUGCUGGGGAUUUCCAGUGAGACUCAGGAGAUGAGCAUGGAGGUGCUGAGAUACAAGGAAAGCAGAGCAAAGAGGAGCGGCUCGAUCAGAGUGAGAUUGAAGCCGAAAGCCGGGACUAGGGAUCUGCCACAGCUUUACGAAUCAGAGCUCCUGAUGAGAUCGCAGCUCCCUUGGUCCAAGGAGCUGGUGAACCGAUGGAGGUGGACAUUCUCUUUGUGGACUUCGCUCAACGUCUUCUUCGCGCUUCUCCUCACGUCGGCUUGCUGCUUCAAGUUCAGGCCGAGGAGGAACAGAGUUGAGAAUCGGCGUUCGGAGGAUUUACAGGAUAGGGAGAGAAGCAAGAGGAGGGUGUCGGAAGAUCGUCGUAGGGCGGAGUUGGUGGAGGGAUCGGCUUCGAGCACCGGCGGCGACGUCGUCGAGGGAGGAGAUCAGGCGAGCGAGAGUAUGGACGAUUCGGGUGAGUUAGCGGCUUCCGAGUCUUCUGAAUGUAAAUCUGUGUAUUAUCAAUGA